CCAGCCAAGCUCAGCAAACGCACCCGAGAAACUCCAUCCUCUACUCCACUCCCUCCCUCGCUUUCUCCAAGACAAAGCUAGCUAUAACAAAAAAUGGUUCUCCCCGUCCUCCCCUCCCCCUACCCAACGCGCUUCUCCGCGCCCAAAGCCUCCCUCUUCCGCCUCUUCAGCACCACCUCCCGACGUUCGCCCGCUGCGAUCCAACAGCUCGAAGACAACAACCCCCUGUCGCACAAGCACAAGCGCAAUACAAGCACCAACAGCAGGCUGAGCUCCGAGAUCAGGAAGACAACUACCACGACUACGACGAGCACGCCCAGCUCGCCCGUCAGCGGGAGGAGUUCCGGCGAGAGUGCGGUCUCGGUCGAGAGUUUCGUUUCCAGCUCUGCUUCGAGGUAGAGCGGACGCUUACCUUCUUGUGAGUUCGACGUUGUAUUACAUUUUCUGGCGAUUCAAGUGCUAAUUGGUCCAG